AUGCUUUAUGGAGUAGAGACAAUGCUUUAUGGAGUAGAGACAAUGCUUGAUGGAGUAGAGACAAUGCUUUAUGGAGUAGAGACAAUGCUUUAUGGAGUAGAGACAAUGCUUUAUGGAGUAGAGACACUGCUUGAUGGAGUAGAGACAAUGCUUUAUGGAGUAGAGACAAUGCUUUAUGGAGUAGAGACAAUGCUUUAUGGAGUAGAGACAAUGCUUUAUGGAGUAGAGACAAUGCUUUAUGGAGUAGAGACAAUGCUUUAUGGAGUAGAGACAAUGCUUUAUGGAGUAGAGACAAUGCUUUAUGGAGUAGAGACAAUGCUUUAUGGAGUAGAGACAAUGCUUUAUGGAGUAGAGAGAGACAAUGCUUUAUGGAGUAGAGACAAUGCUCAAUCCUGA